AUGGAAGAUAAAGAAGAUGUCGAGAAUGUAGAUGACGUUGGCUAUUUACCAAUUUUAUUUUUAUAUAUAGCAUAUGCAUUUAUCAUUUUUAAUGGUAAACUAGCAGAAUUUAUUGGUAAAUUAAAGGGUGAAAGAUAUUUACAUACACCAGAGGGAUAUGCACCUUUAUUUGUUGAAUUUGAAUAUUUUUAUCAAAGACGUAUGUAUGGUAGAAUUAAAGAUGCAUGGGAUAGACCAAUCAAUAGUAUAGCAGGAGCAUGGAUUGAUGUUAUGCCAAGAGCUAGUAAACAUUAUUCUCAACGUUUAGAGUUAACAGGAGGAAAGACAAUCAAAUGUUUGAAUUUAGGAAGUUAUAAUUAUUUAGGAUUUGCACAAAAUGAAGGACCAGUAGCAGACAAAGUGAUCGAUAGUAUCUAUAAAUAUGGUGUUUACACUGGUAGCACGAGUGCAGAGGUAGGAUUAAGUGAACCACAAAGAGAUUUGGAGAAUUUAACAGCUCGUUUCGUUGGAAAAGAGGAUGCAAUCGUAUUUGAAAUGGGAUUUGCAACCAACUCUGGUACAUUACCAGCAUUGAUUGGUAAGGGUGGUUUAAUCAUUAGUGAUUCAUUGAAUCAUGCAUCAUUGGCCACCGGUUGUAAGAAUACAGGUUGUAAAGUUAAGGUAUUUCGUCAUAACGAUUCCAAACAUUUGGAAGAGGUCAUUAGAGAGUCAAUCAUUCAAGGUCAACCACGUACUCAUCGUCCAUGGACUAUGAUUUUAAUCAUUAUUGAAGGUAUCUACUCUAUGGAGGGUGAGGUUGCAAAUCUUCCAGAGAUUCUUGCCAUCAAAAAGAAGUACAAAUGUUACCUCUACAUCGAUGAGGCUCAUUCAAUUGGUGCCCUUGGUAAAACGGGUCGUGGUAUCGUCGAUUACUAUGGUAUCGAUCCAAAGGAGAUCGAUAUCCUUAUGGGUACUUACACAAAAUCAUUUGGUGCAAUCGGUGGUUAUGUUGCAAGUGAUAAAUCUUUGAUCGAUCAUCUUCGUCAAUCUUCUUUCUCUCAAGUUUAUGCAAAUAGUAUGAGUCCAGUUUGCGCUGUGCAAGCUUUGGAGGCUUUACGUGUUAUCAUGGGUGAAGAUGGUACUGACACUGGUGCAAAGAAAUUAAAACAAUUACAUGACAAUUCAAAUUACUUUAGAGAGAAAAUUCGUGAAAUGGGUUUCGUUAUCUUGGGUAAUAAAGACUCUCCAGUCAUUCCUUUGAUGUUAUUUAAUCCUGCUAAAUUAUCGGCUUUCUCCCGUCUUUGUCUAGAGAAACAUAUUGCUGUCGUUGUCGUUGGUUAUCCUGCUACACCUUUAACUGAACCACGUACUCGUUUCUGUAUUUCAGCUUCUCAUACCAUUGAAGAUUUGGAUUGGGCACUUCGUCAAAUUGAUGAGAUUGGUGAUCUUAUCACUUUGAAAUUCCAUAAAGGAAAAUAUUUAAAAAGUAAAUAA